AUGAAAAUUAAUGAAGUUUGACCAUGUGAAUAGACAACAAACAAUUUAAUUUGGGACAAAGGGAAUAUUAAUUUACCUUUUACAAAAUAUGUAUUAAAAAUGAAAAAAAAUAAAGGUUUGAAACCUCAGACGUCAAACUCAUUUCUGGUGAAAUUUUGAGAAAAGGAAGAUGGCUAACCCUCGAAGGACGUUUUUUCCCGUAUCCGGCAACCACCACCAACUGCCGAUAUCCUCCUCCGCUGCCGCCGCCGCGCAAUCUCCGGCGUCGCCUGUGAACUCAUUGUUGUCGUUCCUGAAGAAGCCACACGCUUUCCCCUUCCUCCUCUCUUUCUUCCUUCUCCUGACGUGGGUCUCCCUUCGAUUCCAACGCCCCUCACAUCAUUUUCCGCCCCGGGGAGUAGGAUCCGGAUCCAAGGCCCGCCUUCACGGCUCCUCCUCCGACGAUCGUUUCGCGAAUCUCGUACGGUUCUCUUCAUCUUCUCCAAUUGUUGCCAAGGACAAGCGCGGAUGGCUUCUGGAUCCCGUUUCGGUUGCCAUGGAUUCUUCUAUGUCAGGUGGAGCAAUGAGUUGUGCAUCCAUUCAUGUGGGUGAGAUCAAACCCGGUGGUGUAAGGGGGAACCAUAGGCAUCAUACAUGCAACGAGACCUUCGUCAUCUGGGGAGCUCAAACACUCUUCCGGCUGGAAAACGAUGCACUUCAAGAAGGUUAUGCUGAGGUGAUAGUUGGUGCGGAUGAGGUUGCCGUUGCGGUAAGCCCUAGUGGAACGGCCCAUGCUCUCGUUAACGUUGAUCCUUCUUCCCUAACGACAUUCUUUGUCGGAUGCCAGGAUAGCGUUGUUAACUAUACCGACUCUAGAACUGAUUUUAAUGUUUGGAAACAUCUAUAAACUCACACAGGUAAUAGCUUUUAUGGUAUCUAGUGACUAGUGACUAGUGUAAAUCUGGUCUUUUAGGAUAAUGAACAGGCUCCAUAGCU